CCAACGUUUUCCCGACGUCUGGGAGUGUGGUCAUUGUUGAUGAAGAUUCCCAUCAUGGACAGGACCUCGGGUCAUGGUCGUGAACUAUUGAAGGCUAAUUUUCUGCUUGCCAGUAUAAUAUUUUCUUCUUUUUUUUGUUGUUCUUGCGGGAAAAAAAGAAACCUGUCAAUUGUUUUUUCUCUGGCAAAACUCGGUGUUUUCUCGCCAGAUCGCUAGAGUUUUCGGAUUCAUCGAUUUCUUUUCUGUUUGGAGUGUGUGUAACGUGGUAACUUUUCCAGGAUAAUUUUAUACCCGAGGAAAGAAGUUGAUUAUUGAAUUCCUAGCAUUUCGCUCGAAUAUAAUGAAAAAAGAUUCUGUUGUUUACUGAUGGGUCGAUAACCUCCAAUUCUUGGUUUUCUCAGAGAUGUAUAUCAUGUCAUGCUGAUGAAUCUUUGAAUUCUUGAUAGUAUGUUCGAAAACGAAAUGUUCUUGCCUACAAUUAUUACGUGGAAGAUAAAAUUCUAACUCGAUCGGGACCAUGAAAAAGGCAUGAAAAUUGAAUUGCAAGAAAUCUCAGUUGGAUAGAAGAACGUACAGUACUGGGAAUUUGCCGUAUGCAGUACAUCUAUUGGUUAAAAAAUUUGGAAUCUUCAAUAUUGCGCCAGUGAAUCCUUAGCGUUGAAUUAUUUUUAUUUUCUGCGUAUGUUUUUAAAUUUCGAAAUAAUGUUUUAAAAUUUUCUCCAAGUAACACAUUUUUCUGAAUUACGAUACCGAAUUUCUGGAUCACACAUGGAUGAAAACUGUGACCAGAUCUGUGAAUUGACCCUUCUUCGAACGUGAUGGAUUAAUUUAUGCCCAGAGGAUGAGUUGAAUUGAUUAAAAAUUAGUCAUAUUUUCGGAAUCAUUUUUAUCGUUUCGGUUCUCGGAUAUAUGUCUGUAUCUACUAUCGACAGAUCAUAGUAUCCUGCGAAAGGUCUACUUCGUUACACGUACUACGGAAAAAAAAUUAUGACUUUUUCAAACCCGUUUCCCUUGUUCAGUCGAAUGCGAGCGAGAGAGAAGUUGUUUUUUUUACGCUUUUGAAGGGGGGAGUGAACGGGUUCAUUGAAACAAAUACAAUAUUGUGCGUGGCGUAUUGUUUGACGAGAAUCGUGAUCAAUUUCGCGAUUGGGAAUCAAUUUUUUGAAUUGCAAUUCCAGAGUGUGUGUUUUUUUGUGGACUAUUGAAAAAUAUGGCCGAGUGGUCGUCGGAAACAGAAGAGAAAUUCUUCUGGAAUAAGAACAUGUUCAAGAAAAACAUCAAACGAAAGAACAAACUCAUGGCAGCAACGAAGAACAAGCAGAUGGAGGAGUUGGCGAAAUACUCUUCCUGUCAAGGCAUUGACAACCCUUGUAAUUGCAAGGGUUACAAGCAUCACAAUCAGAGCCUGGAUAUUGGUGAUGAUGACCAGCGGUUAAACGAAAUUGGGGAAACGUGUAGAGCGUGUAAACAUUCCAAACGAUCUCAUUACAAGCACCUUCAGGAGCUUCCAUUGGACCGGAUACACGAGUUGCUGGGUUAUGUGGUAGAUCUUGAAUCAUUGUACGAAUGUUUGUUGUUGAAUCCCGAAGAUGACUUCCGUCGCGACAUCUAUGUUCAUCUGUACAAGAAGUUGAAGGAGGAGGCGGACACGUUGACGGACAAGAUGCGAGGGUUCAUGAGCAAAGUGCUGGCGAGGUUUUUGAACGACUUUGAGGCGACUUUGUGGGACGACGAGUCGUAUGUGUGGGACGCCGAGCGGUUGUUGACGCCGGCGGAUUUCCCGAGAUUCGUCGUGGGCGACGGGAAAGGCAGGCCAGGUGGCGGCGGUGGCGGUGCUGAGGCCGGAAAGUCGAAA